AUGGAGUGUGGCGUUGGCGUUCUUGUCUACGCGAUCCUUCAGUUCAUCGCGUUCAUGUUUUUACUGUCCGGGUCGUUGGUGGACAUGUUUCAUGUCAACGAAUACUUCUCAGCCAACUCAGAUUAUUGCCUCACCUACUGGGGUCUGAAAGAAAGAUGCACUGACAUGAAGAAUGUAAAGUCGCUGGACGAGUUUUUCAAGCACUGCAGUUUUGCCCGAGAUCAUUUCCACACCGCUCGGGUGCUCGCUCUUGUCUCCAUCGUUGUGUUCGGCUUGGCGUCUCUCUUGGGCUUCAUGACGAUGUGCUGCUACAAUUCCCUUGGCUGGGGGUGCCUGCUGCUCAACAUUGUUGGCAUCGUCACCUCAGCCUUCUCAUGGGCGCCCAUGGUCGUCCUCUCCCGGUAUGAUAACCUCACCUUUUGCACAGAGUUGCCCGUAACCUUCGCUUUUGGAAGUGGCUUCGCUCUCCUGAUUGUAGCCUGGAUCCUGGACAUCAUCAACAUCUUUUUCUUGCUGUUCCCGUGCCAGAGCAACGGCUCCGACAAGAACUUGUACGUGACCUAA